AUGCCACAUUCCAAGCAACCUCUCCACCCUUUAGUUGACAAUCCGACAGUAGCCAACACAGUCCGCUACUUCGCUCUCAUCUUUGCAAGUUCGGAACUGGAUUAUUCUCCACACUUUAUAAGCUUCGACACCGUAAGUACUAUUAAGGGAAGCAUAAUAAAACUUCUCAUGAAUUGGGUCAGCUUAUCUAAGCUAGGGGUUGGAGAUAUUGAUUUUGUGUCUUGUAGCUUUACAGUUCAUCAAGCUAUGCUCGUGAAUUGGAUGAGGAAUCUUGAAGUUGGUUUUCCUUCUCUUCUUGAAGAUGGAAUCAAUUUGCUUGUUUGUAUUGGUGAACAUGAUCUUUUCUAUGACUGGCUUGUUAAUUCAGGAUGGGUUCAUUCCAUGGAAUGGUCUGGCCAGAAAGAAUUUAUCACCUCACCUGAAGUUCCUUUCAUAGUUGAUGACUCAGAAACUGAAGAUGAGAAGAAGAAACAGAAAGAAUUGAAGGAGAAGUUUGACAAUCUUUGUAAGGUGAUUAAGGGUGUUUUGGGUGACAAGGUGGAUAAGGUUAUUGUUUCUGAUUGA